AUGCGAAAACAAUCGUCUUUUGUGAACAAGUUCUAUUCUCCAUCACCACCAUCUAGAAAGAAAACAGCCACACUAACAAGGCUUGAAUCUUCUGCUAUUAGGUCUAGUUUCCCCGGUUUUAGAGCGCCUUUCCAAGCGUCACCGUUAGAAACUAAAAAAUACAACAACACCAAAUGUUCUUUAUGUCAAGAACUACUAAGCUUGACCUUACCUGGCGAACUUAUUGUCCUGUUAGAGUGCGGCCACACGUGUCAUAAGAACUGUUUGUCUUUAAUCCAAUCAGAGGGGCAACCCGUGCUAGUUUGCACUGAAUGCAAUGUGGGUGAGUUACCAAAGAGUUUGAUCGAUGAUUUUGCAGAGAAGGUAAACUACGACUAUCCUCCGUUCACACCAGUAGAGCAGAUUCAAUCUUCUGUUAGAUUAAACACUCAAUUGGAAACACCUUCUUUUAGUUGUACCUUAAACAACGACCUAGACAUUUACAAUCCAAGAGUGACAUGUACCAGUGAGAUUUCCGAAGUAACUUUAACACCACCAUAUGAAAUUGCCUAUGUGUUGAAUGUUCAAGCUCCACUUAUUUUUAGCAAUUAUGAACCCACGUUGGAAGAUUUGCAGUUAAAGGAAAGAGUUGAAGAAUUUUUGAAAACGCGUCUUGAUAUUGAUAAAGAUGUAGGGCAACUUGUUAUUUUUGAUACUCUUGAAAUCAGUGUUACUGGUCAGAGCUGGGACGUGGCAUUGGUAUGCUUAUUUGAAAACUACCUUUUAAUUUAUGAAGAUGAGCUCUUGGUGGGAAUAAUAUCUGUUCAACUAGAUAUAAGCAGUAUUGAUGGAGAAGAUGAACUCGUUUUAAACCUUGCAAAAGAUUCACUUCCAGAAUUGCGACUUAGGCAUUUAAAUAGACUUGUGAUCAAAAAAUGGGGAGCUGUUCUACUUAAAAUGACAGAAGAAGACGGUGUUGUCACUACUAAUAUUUACCAAUUGACAAAUACAUACUGGACUCACAUCCCUCGAGAGUAUUAUGUGCCUCAAGAUUUAAUAAAGUUGAACAAAGCAAUCUUAUCAGGAACAACUAUUUCAAAUUCCGAUACCGCAAGAAUACUACCAACACCCAAGCAGUUACUGUUGAAUUUAAUUCUUGCCCUACCAUUAGUUAACCAAUCACCUCUAACUGAUCUAGAAUACAAAACACAACUCCAACUGAUUUUUGAAGAAACAUUACAUGCACUCCGACCAAACGAUAAAUUGGGAAUAAUUUUCCUUGGAAUAGACGGCUCAAAAAAACCGUGUGCCAAAGGGUCUUUUGUUGGUUGCACUGAACCAAGUUGGAGUGAGUGGAAGCAGGUGAUACGAGACAUUACAAUAGUUCCAAAUUCAUUUCAAAGUAACUUGCAUGAAAUAAAUGUUGCUAUAGAAAAAUGUAUGGAGCUAUACCCUUUUAUCCCAGGCACAUCAUCAUCUGUUAACAAGCUUUUAAUUCUUAGUCCAAAUAUGUACUCAGACCUGUCAAAAAACGUACCAACGUCCAAAUUUAUUGAUGCAAUAAACGAAAAACUAUCAUGCACCGUUGUUUGUGUUGGCAAAAAUUACGGCAACUACCAACCAUUUAAGUCUAUCACCACAUUUGAUACCCCUUUCCUAAGAUUCGAGUCACUCACGGAGUUUGGCAACUUACUAAUGUACCUAAUCAAUGAGAAUCUUCACAGAAUAUGCAUUCCAAAAUUGACGUUAACUCUAAAGGCAGCACAGGGUUUCAGAUUCACUCAUCUCGAUUCCAGAGGGGCUAUUGAUACAAGCCAACUAACACUUACUAUUAAAGAUAUUAUCCCGCAAUCGCAAAAACUGAUUGUGCUCAAAGUGCAGGCAGACCCUCAGUUUGUUCAUUCCCAAUACCUGACGGUCCCAAUAUUUGAAUAUGACGGUUAUUGGUUUCAUGAGAAAUGCCUCGACACCAAAUUAAUAAGCACAAGGGUCAAGAUAGGUGUUAACCAACAGCCACCGACACCUAUUGAUCCAGAGGCUAUAGAAACAAGGGGAAGCUUUACAGAAUACUAUUUAGAUAUUCCAUUGCUACCGCCUGUGUCACCAGCGAGAGACGCUGUGUUUGCUAAAAGACAGACCGAGCUAGCCAUAAUAAAUUCAUUAAAGAAAAGCAUUGCACUAGGUGAAAGUCAAGUGGCACUGGAUAUAAUCAAAAGUUGCAUAUCGUUAGCACACGGAUUGAUACGUACUUCUCUUGGAGGCUCUUCAAAACCGCAGAGAAACGAGUCUAAUGUUGAACAUGAAUAUAGUAUGUUACAAUUGCUAAUGGUAGUAAAAUACACUCACAAAGGUAAUGAUGAGUAUAUUGAUUUUUUGGUAACUCAAAUGAAAAGCAUUGCCGAGCUAUUAGAAUCAGACCUUGAAGUAGGUAAAUUACGAUGUUCGGAUUUGCUAAAUAGUUUAAUAUAA